AUGUCAAAUGAUAUAUCAUUGUCUAUAGACGAAACUAAUAAAUUAAGACAACAAAUAGGAUUAAAACCAUUACCACUACCAAAGGAAGAUGUUGUGGAAUUAUCAAUAGAAGAGACUAAUAAAUUAAGAGCUAAAAUUGGUUUAAAGCCCAUACCUGUUCAAUCUAAAGAUGAUCAUGUUGAAGACUUUACUAAGUUUCAAAAUGAUAAAUUGAAACUACAGAAGAAUGAUGAAUUACGACAAAGAAUAGAACUUGCUAAGUUUAAAUCGAGUCAAAAACGAAAAUUACAAUUUGAAGAUGAUGAAGAUGAUGAAAAUGAAGCAGUGGAUACUGAUUCUUGGUUAGAUUCGUUAGGUAAAUCAUCAACUAAAAAGCAGAAGAUAGUGAAUAAAAUUAUUAUUAAUGAUGAUCCACAGAUUAAAAUAGGCCAUAAGAGUAAAGAGUUAUCAGGUAUGGCUGGAAAUCAAAUAUUUACACUUAAAGAUACUCGAAUAGAUGCAAGUGGAGAUGAGGAGGAUAUAUUAAUUAAUGAAAACUUACUUAAUAGUGCUAAAUUGACGAAAGAUCUACAGGAAAAGAAAGAAGCUGAAAAUAUAAAAUUUAAUGGUCGACAUUAUAAAAAAACUGAAAGUGAAGCAGAGGAAGAUGAACAGGAAGAGUUAGUUAAUGAAGGUUUAGUCAUUAAAGGAAAUAAGGUCAAUCUACCUAAACCAGAAGUAAAAGAAAUGAACAAGAAAAAUGUAACUACUUUUGAAAAUUUAUUUGAUGAUUUAGAACUAGAAAAUAAUGGAUCAGAAGAAGUAAAGAAAAUUAAAAUGAAAAAGAUCAAGAAGAAAGACGCUAAAAAGGAUAGAAAGAAGGUGGUUAUAAGUGACGAGGUGAAAAUCAGUGAAAAAUUGGAAGAUGAUUUCUUGGAUGAUAUUGAAUUAGAAUUGGCUAAUUCUAUAAAUUCAAAUCGAGUCAAAACUCAAAAGAAAUUAACAUCUGAAGAACUAGCUCAAGAAAUUUUAAAAACUAAACGAUUUGAAUUGGAGAAACAAAUUGAAGAUGAACAAUUACGAAGUAAUGUAUAUGAUGACACAAUUGGAUUUUUAAAUAAAUUAAGUAAUAAUAAAGAUGGAGAAGAAGAAGAGGAGGAGGAGGAGGAGGAGAAACAAGAAAAUACAGUAAAAGAAAAAGGUGAAGUUUCUGAAGCUGAAGUACCUAAUGGAAAAAGUAUUGACGAGGUGGAAAAUGAAGAAGAAGAUCAAGAAGAAGAUCAAGAAGAUCAAGAAGAAAAUCAAGAAGAAGAUAACGAGACUGUUGUUAAUGAACCAGAACAAAUAUCAAUGAGUGUUGCAGAUACGUUGAAAUUCCUUAAAGAUAGAAAGAUAGUCAAUAAUACCUCCACCACCACCACCACCAAAGAUGUAAGAGAAGAAUUAUCAAGUAAAUCAGAAUUAAUCAAACUUAAAAUAGACAUAGAAGACAGAAUAUUAAGAGAUAGUCUCUCCAAAGAUAAACAAUACAUCAAAUUAUCCAAGGACGAAAAACAAGACUAUUUCGAUACGCAACUAGAUAGAAUACUAAAAGAAAAAAACAUAAUACCUGAAACUAAAGAUCAACCAAGAGGUAAUAGACGACAAAAUAACAACCAAAUAAAUAAUCAUUUUAAAUCAUACAACCCCAGAGUUUCAUUAAUUUAUAAAAAUGAUCAAGGUCAAGUUUUAAAUACUGCAAAAGAAGCAUAUAAACACUUAAGUCAUAAAUAUCAUGGAACAGGGCUAAACAAAAAUAAAAAAUCAGCUAAUAAGAAGCAAGAUCUAAAUGGCAAAAUUAUAUAA